AUGGUAGUCUCGCAGUUGGACUUGAUUUUACCGGUGAUUCAGGCAGUUGCCCUCCACCAGCCAGACGAUGUGCUCAGGCGUCACGAGUAUCGCGUGGCGCGUGAAGAAGAGCGUUCUCGAGAACGGCUCGACUACCUCAUCAAAUCCCGGUCGUCAGAUGUCGACUCUGCCGCGAGUUCGUUCAAGCUAGUUGCCGGGGAAUUGCGACUGGGUCAAAGGGCGACGAGGUCGGUGUAUUCCUCGCUCUGGGCUCGACUGAAGGUUCUGCAUCGUAUGGGAGAUUUCGUGCGGUAUUUACACGGCAAGUCUACUGAGAGUGGCGCCAAGCUGAGUAUCAUGGAGAGUGUGGAAGUGUUGUGUGCGGCGCCGCGGCGGCUCAUGGUCCUGUCUGAGGAGAAGCGCUACGAGGAAUUCGCAGAGGCCGCCGUGAAGGCAUCCAGUUCAGCUGACAAUUCUCAGCUGGUGGAACUCUGUUCAAUGUUGGUGUCAAGUUCUGCCACGAGAGGAAUGGCUGCUGAAAUAGCAGUGCAACGUAAAGCUGGAGAGGAUCGUUUGAUAAAGAAUCUGGAGUCGGUUUUGUGGAAGACACCGUUGGAGCGAGCGUUGAAAACGAGGAAAAAGAGGUUGAACAAUUUGAGGAAAUUUCAACCCGUUUUUCGCCACAAUGAUGCCGACAGGGAUGAGUUCAGUCGAAGGGCAUUCGAAUACAUCACAGCUGUUUACCAGUGCGUUAAUUUUUAUCCCCGCUUGCAUGCGCUCAGAGUGGCACGUCAACCAAUGGAAUCUUCCCGCGUUUCCCGAUUUGAACAAGGUGACAGCAGCGCUUGGGACCAAUUCGGACUAGAGCCCGACAACCGACCUGUUGCCCCCAGGCGCCAAAAACGAUCCGGACGCCGACUACUCGAUACUGCCGUGAAGGACUCUGCCUUCGACACGAUACGAACCCUUGUCAGCUGCUUCGACACCCUGUCGUGUCUUCCUCGUUGCGUGGAUGCCAUUGGCUCGAAAAUCCAGGAGAACCUCCUGAUGCUUGUCAGAGAGUUGUCAGAGGCUGUGAGUUCGAAUCCGGCUCCCGCAGUGUACGUGGAACUCGUCGGCCCCAGGGGACGAGUCGGGGGUGUCGAACUCAGAAUUCACGCGUUGGUGGACUUUUGGAAUACCCUAUGCGAUGCUUGCUGGCAUUUUAUGGACUUGGAAAAGAGUUUCGUCGCACAGGCUGCUUUCGUUUUAGGCAAAUCGGAGAGCUACUUUGAUUUGUACGAUGCCAAGGAGAUUUGGAUGAAGAUUCAAGGCGUGUGGGGCCCCGAGAUGCGGCCGCUAGUGCUCCAGCUGGUGGUGUCGGAUUACCUAGAUUUGAAAAGCCUCGCUGCUCGUCCGAUGAGCAUGUUUGGCGUGCCGAAGUCUUCCACGAAGUCGUCGGUUCUGAACGCACUUUUUGCCGUCGGCAACAAGAGGAUCCAGUCGCCGGCCAACGAACCCUGUUUAUUCUCGUUCAACAAUACAGUGCACGGACGACUGCAGAGCGACUUGGAUUCUGGGCUGUUCGGGCCAGAUCCGGAGAUUCUGUCUGCAUUUGCCGAUUACGUUAUGGUUUGUCGGCCUGAGCCUCAUAACAUCAGAUUCCUACUGCAUCCAAUCAUGACGUUUGUCGUGGAAAUACAAGGUAAAUUUGGAUUUCAAGCUACGGGAACGUUUGGCAUUUCGUUGGUUGGAUUUUUCCGGAGCUACUUGGAAGACGUCUACUACCCAUAUUUGUACAAAACGAUUUGA